CCAACUAGGCUAUCGACGGUUUUAUGAAAUUACUAAUCUAUAAACCACAGUGGAGUAGAAUUAGUGAAACAUUGGAAACUUCAGCUAUGGACAAAAUAUUAUUAAUCUUAUUGUCUUAAUCUUGUAUGGAACCUCUAAAUUUUUUUUUUAUCUAUUUGACUAAUUUACCCGCGAAACACUAUCCGUCCAAAUAUGCAAGAACUAGCGGUCCUUAGAUAUUAUUCAAAACUGUUGCCUUACGUGCAACAAUACAAUUGAAGUAAUGAAUUUUUUUAAAGACGUGUUUCUAUCACUUCUGUGCUUGUUAGGUUCAAAUGCUCUUCCCUACGAUAAUGAGUAUGGACCAGAUUACGGUAACGAAUGGAUAAUGUUUAUUGAUGAUAAAGGUAUGAAUCAUACCAUGGAUUUCUCUACCUUGCCUACUGAUGACAGAGGCAUCAUGUUUGGGGACGCGUACUUCUACUUGUACACCAGACAAAACAAUGAGUCAGAAAUAUUAAAUAUACCAGAUGACGAUAGUCCCAUCAUCAGCAAAAACUUCAAUUCGUCUAACGAGCUUAAAGUAAUCGCCCACGGCUGGUACUCUGGCUCAAAUGCGGAAUGGGUACAAAAUUUUAAGGAUAUUAUUUUGCGCACAGAAGAUGCAAAUGUGAUCAUUGUAGAUUGGAGCGAAUUAGCUGACAAUCCUAUAUACCCAUGGUCCGCUUGCAGCACUAGAUAUGUGGGAAAACGAACGGCCAAGUUGUUAGAUAAGUUUUCGCAGGCAAAUCAAUUAAAUUACGUACAUUUGAUUGGGCACAGUUUGGGAGCCCAUGUGAUGGGUUACACCGGAAUGUUCACUAAUGUAACAGUGGAUAGAAUAACAGGACUCGAUCCAGCCAGACCUUUAUUUGAAAUACCUCGGAUAGGACCCAAUUUUCGUCUAGAUAAAAGUGACGCGAAAUUCGUAGACAUAAUUCACACAUGCGGUGGUAUAUACGGCUAUAAAAGAAGCCAUGGCCACGCCGAUUUUUACCCCAAUGAUGGAAAACCCAAACAACCAGGUUGCGAAGGCGUUCAACAAGUCAUAGAAGCCUGCAGUCACGGCAGAUCAACAAAAUACUAUGCAGAAUCAAUAAAUUCCAAAGCAUCAUUUAUUGCAUAUCCAUGUGACAGUUGGCCUAAAUUCAACAGAGGAGAAUGCAGGGAGAAUUGUACGUUAAUGGGCUACGGUGCGUCAUCGAGCAGAUUUGGUGACUUUUAUUUACACACAAAUAAAGAACCUCCAUAUGCAAUAGAAGAAAGUAAGACGUGUGUUUAA